GCGCGCCGCCGUUCGGCGCGUCACUUCCGGCGCCGAGCUGGGCGGGGGGGGCGCUGGGUGGCCGUUUGGUGAGGCGUGCCAUGAGGCUUCAGGCGCCUCUGCUGCCAACCGUGAGCGAGCUGUCGGCGGGCGGGCGGCCUGGCGCGGCGCUCCGCUGUGGCAGUGUGUUAUGAUGCCGUCUCGUACCAACCUGGCUACUGGAAUCCCCAGUAGUAAAGUGAAAUACUCAAGGCUCUCCAGCACAGGCGAUGGCUACAUUGACCUUCAGUUUAAGAAGAGCCCUCCUAAGAUACCAUAUAAGGCCAUUGCACUUGCUACAGUGCUGUUUUUGAUUGGCGCCUUUCUCAUAAUCAUAGGCUCCCUCCUGCUGGCCGGCUAUAUCAGCAAAGGGACAGGCGAGAGCACCACCAGCCCACCCUGUCUUUCUGGGCCUUCCAAGAGGAGCCUCUUCCUUCCUGGCAGCUCAAGCAGAUGCCUCCUCGGAUCCCCACUGGACCAGCCUGGGUUUCCUGCCCACAAGGGAACUAAUCUCUGUAACCAGAGGAAUGGAGUCUGUUAACUGUCAAACCAGUUGGGGUCCAUGUGGGAGCUCAGGUAGGGGUCGAUACCCCAAAGCUGCAUGCCUGAGAAUGGGAGAGUGACAAUUUAACCAAGGAAAACUGGGUGCAGUUGAUAAAGGGGGGAUGGAUGCUGGGGCAACAUUGUGAUGUCAUCACUGAUACGUAUUUUGUAUAAUUAGAUCCGUCAGUCAGUUAGUGCUCCGUGAGUUCCAGUAACAAAGUGAGCGUCUUGAUGAGAUUUUGGGUUGGGUUGAGUCAAGGAUUCAGGUGCAAAUGAUUUAUGAAGGAAGUGCCCCCAGGAGAAACCUGUAAGGGGAUGGGGCAGGGGGAGCAAGACAGGGAAGGGGAGGAGGCCCAGCAAGGAUGCCAUUGGGGAGAUAUUUCAGCCUCAGCCUGACCCCUCCCAAACUGAGUAUAAAAUUACACCCCCGGGGUGGCCGGUGGCUCAGUUGGUUAUGGUUACGCAUCUGCCUUCGGUUCAGGUCAUGAUCUCAGGGUCCUGGGAUCGAGCCCCCCAUCGGGCUCCCUGCUCAGCGGGGAGUCUGCUUCUCCCUCUCCCAAUCUUUAAAAAAAAAAAGUGUACCCCCAGGAAAAGGAACUGGGCUGUCAUCCUCCUGUCACCCCAGUCUUUAGCUACUUGGCCUUGGCCAACGGGGAUCUUGAAACUCUCAGAUACUUCCCAUCCUCCAAGCAGUCAAGGAGGCUCCUUUGCCCAAGGGUGGCCUUAUGCAGCGUGCGCGCAGCAGCCCCUCACAGCAGAGCUGGCUCGAUUCGGAGGCACAGAGCCAAUCAAAGGUGGGCCUUCCCCGGAGUCCAGUGCAGAGCAGCUGUGACCAGGAUCUGCUGUGAAAGCAGAUGCCAGAUGGGCAGGCCCUGGGGGCUGAGAGCAGGGCGGGGGCAAGCGCUGUAUCUCGAGGGGAGGUGCUGCAGGAAGAGCCACGUGGAGGAGUGCCGGUAAGGCCAAGGAACAGCCCACCGGGCCGGGAAGAACGGAGCUGUAGAAAGGAGUGGGGUUGUGUACAAACAGCGGCGUGGAGGGGGCCAAUCCAAGAGUGGGGGACACAAAGAGCCCCUUGUCCAGUGUCGCCCACUGUGGGGCAUCAGGUCCCACCACCCCAAGCCUCAGACUGGCCUUGACUCCCCCGGCUCUGAGCGGGCGGCCUGCCUGCCCCGGGUUUGCGAGCUACUCUUCACCCAGGCCCCAGGCCCCUCUGCCUGAAUUUGGCUCCAUCUCUGUCCCUCAGUAGCGCCUUGCUGAUACCCUGGAGCCUAUGGCCUGAGCCACUGAAGUCGAGGCCCAGGGAAGGAAAGACGGAGGCCGUCCAGGCGGGCUCCAUCUGGGCUCAGCCUCUGCGUGGCAGUCACUACCGGCGCCGGGGCUAGAUCCCCUGGCAGCCGUCUCUCUGCUUAUGUGUGCCCAGCCCAUGGGGCUUCCCGCUCUUCCCCGUGCCUGUGACUUUCGUGGGAAGGCGGCCCUGGACUUCUGGAGUGUUCUGCACCCCCCAGGGCAGCCCCUAAUCACUGAAUGAGAGCAGGGAGAGGCCAGUCCAGCUCUUCUGCCAGGAGCCAAGACAACCUCAGGAUAGAAUCAACACUCUUGCGCUUCCCAAGGGACCAGAGGAGGCUCGAACUUCACCUGAAACACCACCCAGCCUCAGCUUCCUCCCUCUCCCCGCCUCCUACUCCCCCCCUCCUACUCCCCCCCUUCCUGUUAACCCUGCAAACCCUUCCCCAGUAAUCUCUCACACGAAGCCUCAUUUCAGUCUGUUUCUGGGGAAUCCGACCUGAGUUGCUGCUCCGGUUGGCCCAGGUUACUCAGGCUGUCAGUCCCCACAGGAGGCUGGAACUCGAUCUUCAGGAAGCUCCAAGCUCAAGUUCUUACAGCCUCAUUACCAGCAAAGGAAAAAGUUCUUCCCUGUCAGCUGCAAAGAGAAAAAUCCCAGAGAGAGUUCUGCUUGGCCAACAUGGAUCACAUGUCCAUCCCUGCAACCAUAACCAUGGACAGGAGAGUGGGGUCCUGCUAAUUCCCCAAGGACCACACAAUUUAGAAAGUGAGGAAGUGGGGGCACCAAGUGGGGGCACCUGAGUGGCUCAGUUGGCUGAGCAGCUGACUCUUGAUUUCAGCUCAGGUCAUGAUCCCGGGGUCCUGGAGGUCCUGGGAUC